AUGAUGGAUCGUUCGGGAGCAACGACAGCAGUGGACGACUGUUUUUUCCACAAAAUUUAUAGCCACGAGUGUCAAUUGGACGAGCCAAAAUUUUGUCUUUCCUGGCAGAAUGUGACAGUUCGAACGAACCGGAAAUCUCCCAGCCUCGCGAAUAAACUCCUCAAAAUGCUCACGGGACGAGAGGCAUCGAUGGAAGAACGAGCGAUCGACGUCUUGAGAUCAGUUUCCGGCUACGCCGAGUCCGGCCAAAUGAUCGCCGUGAUAGGACCGAGCGGAGCUGGAAAAACCACUUUGCUCGAAACACUGGCCAAGAAAAUCGAACCGAUUUCCGGAUCGAUCAGGGUGAACGGUGCAGAAAUUUCGAGCCAGGAGAUGUCGGAAAUUUCCAGUCACGUGCCCCAGUUCGAUCCGCUGCCGGAGUGCUUGACGGUCGUCGAAUAUAUCGCUUUCUCGUGCGCACUCAGACUGGAGGGGAGAGUCAACAGGGAGGAUCAGAAACUGCUGGCACGCGAUAUAACGCUGAAUUUGAGUUUGUACGAGUGCAAGGACUCGUUGAUUCGCGCGUUAUCGGGCGGUGAAAAAAAGCGAUUAUCCCUCGCGGCUGAAAUAGUUACGAAACCGCAGAUCUUAUACCUCGAUGAGCCAACGACAGGACUGGAUACAUCGGCGGCGUUGCGCGUUGUGGAGUCGAUCAAAUCGAUUUCCACGAGAAGCAUCGUCAUUUGCUCGAUCCACCAGCCGAGUAUGACGAUCUACAAGCAAUUCAGCCACGUGAUUUUUCUCGCCGAGGGCAGAGUCGCGUUCGCUGGAACUCUCAGAGACGCUCGCGCCUUUUUCGAGGGCGAAGGAGCCCGGUGUCCCUUUGGCUUCGACGAGGCUCAAUAUUACGUUAAAAUGCUUUCCAAACCUGCCAGCGAACAUAAGCUAAUCGGGGAAGCAACCACUUCCCGGGAGGAUGACGAUCCUUCGGCCAGAAUCUGUCGAGCGUACGCUGACUCUGAUCUCUCCAGGAUUCCUGCCCUUCGCCUCCGCCCGAGCCAUCGCAAAACUGCAUUCUCGGAGAAAAAGCCCCGCUGGGUCGCUCAAUUCAACUGGUUGGUCUGGAGAAUCUACCACGAGAACCGAAGAACUUUAGCCGAAGGUCUAAUCUCCUUCAAUUAUUUCACGAUCUCCAUCGUUCUCGUAAUAAUAUUUUUCUGGGGUAUCGACGCGAGGAAGGAACGAGGGAUCCAAGACGUGAUGGGGGUUUUGUACAUGGCGAGCGCCGAGACGAUUUUCUCAACUGCUUACACUCCGCUCUAUGAAAUCGAACGGGAAAUUCCGCUUUUCAGGCGCGAAGCCGGCCUGUAUUGCCCCUCAGCUUAUUACGUCGCGACUUUUGUCAGCUGGCUGCCCAAGACGAUCGCAAAGUCGUUUUUACUGGCAAUUAUGCUGUACGCUAUUCUCAGCACGCAAGACUCUUUUUUUCCAACGUUUUUACUAUUUUUCGCGUGCUCGAUCGCCAGCGGUAUUUGUGGUCUCGCUUACGGCAGCAUGGUCGCAUCUUUCGUCGAAGACAACGAGAUCGCGACGAUCGUUAUGGUGCCGAUCGACCUUAUUGCGUUUCUCAUGUCCGGCAUUUUCUACAAUUUAAGGACUCUGAAAUGGUACACGCAGCUUCUGAAAUACAUUUCGAUGUUUUACUACACGAACGAGGCACUCGCCAUCGCUCACUGGUCUCAAAUCGAGGAUAUCGAGUGUGCAAACAGCAGUUCUGUGCAGUGCGUUUCCACCGGAUCAGAAGUCCUCCUGCAGUACGGAUUUGAGGAGUCGCAUUUUUGGAUGGACAUCCUCGCGAUGAUUAUUCUCGCGGUCGCGAUGAAUUUGAGCGGGUAUUUGGGGAUGAGGAGGCGAAGAUCAUCGAAAUUGACAUUUUGACGAAAGUUGUACUCGGAAGAAGAUUUUAUUGCACAAUUGAAAAAAACGUUUCUUUUACAUCGUGUACAAGAAUAAAAAAUUUAUCAGACAAAA